GACUGUGUGAUUAAAGAUGGUACUGUAGUAUUAUUGUAGCUAAUCAUCAAUUAAUUACUGUUAUUAUAUUCGUCGUGAAAAAUUACACUCAUUCCUAAAGAAAUUUUGCAAAUAGACUUUAUUUUUAUUUAGUACUCUAUAUAUGUGAGAUUUUUUUCUCGAAAGAAAGUGCGUUCUAGGAUCUUAAAACCAUCCCCAUGCGUCCUACCUGUUAGUCUUGUUCUUAUCCAUUUGCUUCGUCCUCCAUCCCUCCUCACGAGAUUGUCCUUCCUCUCCCUCUCAACGAGCUCUCUCUCUUGCUUGCUGCUCCCUCUUCUCGGCGAGCUCUUUAUCCCCUGCUCCUCUUCCUCUCUCGAUUGCGGCUCACCAGCGCGCACGGAAAGAUGCGUGAAGUGGUGAAGGCGUCGGGCCACCAGCGCGCACGGAAAGAUUGGGAGCUCACGGCUGCGGCGGAAAUUUGGCUCCAGAUGCUGCUGGAAAUUGGGAGCUGGGAUAGGUAACUGUUGGAGCCUGAAUUUUAGCGUUUACUCCAAAAAUAGGAUUUUUGGAUAAUAUGAUUGGGUAUUGUUGGAGAUGCUCUGGCCCAAGCUCUGCUGCUGCAACUUUGUGUGAUUCCUUUGGUCAUUGGCCCUGUUUGGUUCCUGCACUGGGAGUAUUAGAAAAUUUUGACCGCUAAUUACGGUGUUAAAUAAAGUCAGUUUACAAAACCAACUCCAGAACUCCCGCGCUAGAAACCUUAAAGAAUUUAAUGAAGCCUUUGGCCGCGUGAUUAGAUGAUGGUUACUGUAGCAUCACUGUAGCCAAUCAUAAAUUAAUUAUCAUCAUUAGAUUCGUCGUGAAAAAUUAUACAUAUUUUUUUAAAAAUUACAAAUAGAUUUUAUUUAGCACUCCAUGCAUACGAAAUUCUUUUCUCGGUUUGUGUCCACUAGAAAAACCAAACAACCCAUUGUUACCUGCACGUCGAUCCCUCGUGCGGUGAUGAUCCCCACGUUGCCGUCACAUUCCUGAAUGAUGAUCCCCACGUCUCGUGCUAGACUGCUAGAUGUGACAUUUUUUUUUUGAGAACUGCUAGAUGUGACAAUUGACUUGUACUAGUCAGACAGUACGUCCAGGUGUCGAUGAAAAGCCCAAUUCCGAUUCCAACGACCACCGUUCCUUCAAGUCGGCCUUCCCCAGCCUAGCCUGCAGGCCCUCCGCCGCCCUCCGCGCCCGUCCAGAAUCUCGGCAGGCAUUGCCGUGAGCCCUGAAAUCCAAAUAUUUUCUUCCUUCCCUUCCUCGGAUGAUGGACACCCUUGUUCAUCCGGUUUGUCUCGGGUUGGCUCGCUGAACGCCCACGUUCAGCCCGCCCCUGGGGACGAGGACGAUGUAGAGGAGCACAAGAGCAGGAGGCGGCGUUGGGGACAGAAUGGAGGGGCGCAAUUCCUCGCAAAGAUCUGUUGAUAGCCCAAACCCAUGUAACAGAAGGAACGUGUCUGGAAAGCCUACGAGGCCGGAUUCUAAUGACCAUGGCCUUCGCCAAGGAUCGAAAGCCUGCGGAAUGCCGACCAGGAUGGAUUCCAAUGACCCGCACGGCGAUCGCCAAGGCUUGAAAGCCUGCGAAUUGGCAGCCAAGAUGGAUGCUGAUGACUAUGGCGAUCGUCAAGGCUUGAAAGCCUGUGGAUUGGGGACCAGGGUGGAUAGUACUAAGGACCAUGGCGAUUGCCAAGGCUUGAAAGCCUGUGGAUUGGGAACCAGGAUUGAUGCUAAUGACCAUGGCGAUAGUCAAGCCCUCAAAGCCUGUGGAUUGGAAACCAGGAUGGAUAGUGCUAAUGACCAUGGUAAUAAUCGCCAAGGCUCGAAUGCAUAUGGAGCUUCAACCACGAUGGAUGCUAAUGAAUACGGCGCUCGACAAGGCCUGAAAGUGUGUGGAACGGCAACCAAGACGGAUGCUAACGACUAUGGUGAUCACCGAGGCUUCAAAGUCUGUGGAAUGAUGACAACCAAGCCAGAUGCCCAUGAUCAUUGCAGUCACCAAGGUCCGAUCAAGCCAGCUGACAGAUUAGAUCACCUUCUCAACCAACCAGCAAACAGAUGUUGUGCUGACUGUGGUGCUCCAGAUCCAAAAUGGGUAUCAAUGACUUUUGGUGUUUUCAUUUGCAUCAAGUGUUCAGGAGCUCAUAGAAGUCUUGGAGUACACAUAUCCAAGGUGGUUUCAGUGAAGCUAGAUGAGUGGACAGACGAACAAGUUGAUCUUUUGGCAGAUUCAGGUGGGAAUGCUGCAGUAAACAUGAGAUACGAGGCAUUUAUGCCUGAAAACUUCACGAAGCCAAGGCAAGAUUGUUCAGCAGAGGAGCGCAGCGAUUUUAUUAGGUCUACAUUAGCCUAUCAACUUUUCAUUCUUUUGAUGUCUUAUUAUGCGACACCUUUGCCGGGACUACAUGAUCUUUCGCCUUCAUAUCUGCAUACGUGCAGGCGAAAAUACGAGGUUCAACAAUUUUUGUCUAGCCCGCAGCUGUCAUACCUUCCACGACGCAACGACAGACAUAGUCACCAGCACCAUAGUGGUUCAGGUCGACAUGGUUUAGGCCAUUCUUUCAAGAACAGCUGGAGGAGAAAAGCAGAACACGAGCCGAAAGCAUUAAAGAAAACAACGGACUUGGGUAUGGUAGAAUUCAUUGGGUUGAUGAAGGUCGAUGUCAUAAGAGGCACAAAUCUAGCUAUUCGUGAUGUGAUGUCAAGCGAUCCUUAUGUUAUUAUUAACCUAGGACACCAGACCAUGAAAACGAAGGUGAUAAAGAGCAGCUUGAAUCCUGUAUGGAAUGAGAGGCUUAUGUUAUCGAUACCUGACCCAAUACCGGUGCUUAAGCUGCAAGUCUUGGACAAGGACACGUUCACCACCGACGACCGGAUGGGGGAGGCUGAGAUCAACAUCGAGCCACUGGUUGCUGCAGCCAGAGCCUAUGAGGCCUCCACCAUCACAGAUACUGCCCAGCUUAACAAAUGGAUGGCAAAAGAUGGCAUCUGGAUCCCGAGGGACAGUGCCAUCUCCAUCGUCAACGGCAAGGUGAAGCAGGUGGUCACUGUCAGGCUUCAGAAUGUUGAGCGUGGCCACCUUGAGAUGGAGCUCGAGUGCGUCCCUCUCACUCAAUAGCUGUCUGCAGAAAAAAGAAAAAAAAAAGAGGGUCUCAUAGAAUUUUGCCACACAACACAGGCACACGAACAGGAAUUCAACCAUGUAAAGUUGGGAAGGAAUAUAAGGAUGUAAGUUGUGACUUGUCCUGGGGAAUGAGCGAAAGACCAUUUUAGCACGACCUUGCUUGGUUUCAGGGCUUGUUUAUUUGGUAGAAGUCCAGCUUCACUUGAUUUGUGUUCAUGAGCCUCUGUUUGUAACAACCAUCAAAACUGCUGCAAAUACUUUAGAAAAAUGGGGGAAGAAAGGCGAUUCUGUGCUGUAUAUGUGUGGUCAGUGGACAACAAAACAAGAUAUAGAGUACCGUGCCCAUUCCUGUUGAA